AUAGUACAUGUAGCUCUUAAAAUUUUGUUGCAAUCGCACGUGCAGUAGGCUAGUACCAGCAAAGCAAUACGGUGCGCAUCACAGCACAGCACAGGGCAAGGGACCGCAGAGGCGCAAACCGUUUGCUUCUAACUACCGCGGGGCCAACGAACUUUUCCUCUCCUUCCCGCAUCCUCUCCACCUCUCGUCCUCCCCCUCCCCUCCGCUCAUCGUGCCCUGCUCCGCUGAGCACGCCGCAGCUCCGGAUCUGUGGAGCCGGGGAUCAGGCAGGCGGAAGCGAGGUCGUGUCUUGGCACUUCUGUGGCUGGUUCUUUCGUAGCUCUAGAGAAUUUUGGUGGAUAGAGCGCCUCGAUCGGAGAAUUCGGGGGGGACGAGAUGGAUGGUCUGCCUGCGGAGCUGUGCAUCAAGAUCUUCCACCUCCUGGAUCACCAAUCUCUCGCCUCUGCUCCCCAAGUGUGCAGGAAGUGGAACACGUUGACCUCCGACGACGAGCUGUGGCGCAGGCUGUUCAAGGACAGGUGGGGAGCGGAUGCUGCAGCGUUCUACGCGCCAGAGGGCUCCAGGUCAUGGAAGGACGUCUUCAUUGUGCAGGAUCGAUGCGACCGAUAUGGGCUGUAAGUUGCCAUCGAAUUCACUCGCCUAUCAUCCCGCUCGAGCUGUACUUCUUAUCUUGGCAUGCCUACUGUCACGGUGUCCCCUGAUAUUCAGACGUGGCACACAUUCUGUAGUACACUGCAACAAUGUCACUCUGAAGUACUCCUAUAUGAACUCUGAAUACUGUAAGUUACGCCUCAUUGAUCUUUCCAGGGGUGUCAGGAUUAUCAGAGAAGGAAGCGAUUACUACCUGAUUUACCAGGGUGAGAUCCAGAGGUACUUGGGGUCGAGACAGCAUGUGAGCUGCGAUAGCAAGGACGCUCCUGCGCAGAGUAGCGAGGACGAGCAGCGGCAGAUAUCCGAUCGGAUCUUGUUCUUCCUUGGAGACCUGGAGGCUGCAUGCGCAGAUGCCAAACGUGUGAAGGUGCGACGACCGUGAUAUCCAGGAACAGCGCUGUAUGACAUUGUAGUUGUUAUUUUUGCACAUAUUUCGUGCACAUAUGUUGUAUGUAAAAUCUUCAAUCCAUUAUCCGUAGCGUUUCACAUUCAUCUUAUGUAUUUCCUCAUUUUAAAAGUAAAAAGUUUGUAAA